ACAACGGAGUGCAAAAGACUGAUAAAUCAGUAUCAUGUUCUAUUCCUGUGUCUUUUUCAUUUUAGCAUUUUAUCUAGCUUCUUUUGCUUAUGCUUCUUACGCUGCCAAUACCUCUGCCUGCACCUCUUUUCUUUCAAAAUCCCGUUUGGUUUAUGCCUGCCAAGCUAAAAACCUUUUUUCUGUUCCUUCAUUAAUUCCACCUGAUACCCAGGUCCUACUACUUCCUUUUAAUAACAUCCCAACUGUCUCCCAGCACUCUUUCCCUGCCCUGCACCUCCUACAAGCCCUUUCUCUUGGUUCUCAGACUAUAUCUACUUCAUUCUUGGUUGAGGAAGCUGCUUUCUAUAACUUGCCAAACUUGACAUCUCUUGACCUGGGUGGUAACCGCCACAUCAGCUUGCACCCUGGGGCAUUCAAGGGCUUGACAAAGCUAGAAGUUCUUCUCCUGGAUUCCAAUGGAUUAAAUGAGUCAGUCCUAGAAUCUGGUCUGUUCAAGGAGUUGAUCUCUCUACGGAAACUUGACCUUUCUUUUAAUAGGAUUCUUAGACUACACCCUGACCCUUCUUUCCUGAACUUACGCUACAUUUCCUCCAUAGUCCUUAAGUUCAACAAAAUCAAUUUGCCAUGUGGGAAGGACCUCCAGAAUUUACAAGGAAAAAGACUAGAUCUUCUUGAUCUGUCCUCUAAUCCCCUCAAUUUUAAUGCCACAAACUCUUGUCCAAAUCCCUUCAAGAAUAUCACAUUAGGGAUUCUAGACAUUUCCUCAAUGGCUUGGGAUGCAGAGAGAGUGGGAAACUUUUUUAAAAUAAUAUCAGGUACACAAAUAAAAAACAUCAAGAUGAGACAUAACGGUUUGUUGGGGAGUGGAUUUGGAUUCCAAAAUUUGAAGGACCCCGAUGAAGUCACCUUUUCUGGUCUUAACUCAAGUAAGACAUAUUUCCUUGACCUAUCCCACAGCUUCAUCUCGCAGUUGGCCCCUCAAGUCUUCUCCAGUUUUCCUGAGCUGUUGUCCCUUGAUCUAUCGUACAAUAAGAUCAGCCGUCUUAGCCCAGGGGCAUUCUCAGGAAUGAGAGAACUGGUGAGUCUCAAUUUAUCUGGCAAUUUACUUGGAGAAAUUAUGAGCAAAAGUUUCCAGGAACUUGGAUCCACCCCUCUGAAGGCACUGGACCUCAGUUCCAAUCACAUUGGAGCCGUUCAAUACGAAGCGAUGAAUGUUCUUGGUUCCCUGGAAUCGCUGAACUUGAGAGACAAUGCCCUUAAUAAAAUACCACCUGUCAAACUCCCGAGUCUUACACUUUUAAUAUUGGGCCAAAAUCGAAUUUCAAACACCUAUGGCCUUUCUAGCUUUUGUCCCAGUGCUAAAAUCCUGGAUCUUUCUAGCAACCGCUUGACAGAUGUUAGGUCUUUGUGGGAGAUCCUAGACCUAAGCUCUCUGCAAUACCUGCAGUUAGGUAGGAACCAGCUUUCCUGUUGCUCCCCUACCCAAAGUGGCAAACGGGCACCAACAAGUGGUCUGCUGUAUUUGGAUUUAUCAGAUAAUUCCUUGGGAUUUGUCUGGAAGACUGAGCAGUGUGCAGACAUCUUUAUGAGCCUGGAAAAACUUGAAAUUCUCAAUUUGGCUAAAAACCACAUUUCUUACCUACCUUAUGAUUUGUUCAAGGGGCUGGUGAGUCUCCACACCCUGGAUUUGUCAAGAAAUCAUCUCACACAAAUUCAAAGUGGGCAAUUCCUUGGCCUUUCAUCAUUAAAGACCCUUAAUUUAGGGACAAAUAGCCUGAUCACGCUAUCAACUGCUAACCUUGAGCCGCUUGUUGCCUUAGAAAGCAUUGACUUGUCAGAAGUUACAUUUGUGUGUGGCUGUGGCCUAUGGGAUGUCUGGCACUGGAUGAAGGUCAAUAAUAUAACUGUGCUAACUGGGGAUAGUGAAAUUUCAUGCAUCAAAUCCUCUCAAUUGGUCUCUGAGAUGUCCCUGAAAACCUUUUUUAAAAACUGUCAAUAGAUACUGGCAUGAAGACAGAAAUAAGCAUAUGUCAUCUCAACACCAGUCAUGAGAGGAACUGGAAACUUGGUUUUGUUCUUUGUUGCGUGUGAUUCAUGUACGUAAAAACUCAUGCAAUGUACUGAUUAUGUAGGGAACCACUACGGUACUGGCCUUGUGUCCACUGCACAUAUAACAUACCAGUGUUACAAUUUUCUGAAUUCAUAUAGCUAUGUAGUUAUUGUUUUCUUCUUCCUCAAAAAAAAAUAUUUGGUGCCCAGUAUCUAGGCUGAGAUGCCCAUACCCAGACAUAUGAAAACUCUUGCUCUCAGCUGUUGUGGACUACACUAUUUUUCACAUUUACAACAACCUCUUGCCGGUGUAUUAAAUGCUAAGGUUUAUGAGUGUAUCUUAUUUGUGUUGUAAAUAUAAACUGCAUGGAUUACUGUUUUCAAUUUCAAACUUUAUGGUGUAAAAAAUAAAUAUUAAACUCAUGUUAAA